AUGUUGAGGCAGACAGGUUUACGGUUGGUUGCCGCGUUGGCGGUUGUCGCGCUGGUUACGUCGGUUAGCCAAGCCGGUCGAUACAACAAAGUUCUGAGCAUUGGUGACAACGCCCCCACAUUUACCGACAUCAUCGGUACCGAUGGCGAAAAGCAUAGCUUGUCGGACUUCGACGAAGCCAAGCUCGUGGUGGCUGUGUUCACUUGCAAUAGCUGCCCGGUGGCGGUUGCCUGCGAAGACCGCAUGAUCGAGCUGCAGAAGAAGUACGGAGACCAGGGCGUGCAACUGGUCGCGAUUAACGUGAACAACGUGGAAGGCGACAAGCUCGAGAAGAUGAAAGAGCGAGCCGAGCAGAAGGGCUUCAACUUCCCCUAUCUGUAUGAUGAGAGCCAAAAGUCGGCCAAGGCUUUCGGUGCGGCCGUCACUCCUCACUUCUUCCUGCUCGAUCAAGACCGCAAGGUUGUCUACAUGGGUGCCAUGGACGACAGCCCCUUGAGUGCGGGCGAAGUUCAAGAAACCUACCUGGAAGACGCGAUCACCGCCGCUCUUUCAGGCAAGAAGCCGGAGACGACCGAGACCCGGCAACAGGGUUGCGGCAUCAAGUACGAAUGA